AUGGACAACUCGUCACCACAACACUCGCUCGUCAGCGCCUUCGAUCUCCAUCACACCGUGAACAUCCGCUAUCCUGCCCUCGAGUUACUGAGUCGAGAUGAUACAUGGAAGAUGGCCAAACCUAGAGCCAUCACGAUGCGCUUCGAACCAAAUGCACUCAUCACAGAUCCGAGAGUAAUUGAGAACACCGACCGCAACGCCGAAGAAGGGACACGCUUCCUGCACUACACCAAGGCUCUUCGCGGCCACUCCGAGCAGUACAGUGAAGAAGAACCCGAAAAGCACGACAUCGAAGCGCUCCUGCGCGAUAUGAAAGAGCUGUCAAGAUGCAUCGGAUCGACUGAGCUGAGGGCUGUCAUCUACAGACCCGCCAACAUCAAGCCCGAGCAGAGGAGUACAUGUAUGACCAUCCGUCGCAUCAGCAGACUAAAAUGUGCGGACGGUCUUAUCAAGGAGUGUGGGACUUUCUACGUACUGUCGGCGCCGAAAUUCAUGGACCUGGCGAAGACCGAGGCGGGUCUCGAGAUCUGGUACUGUGAUCUCAGGGAUCUAGUGCUCCUCAACAGUGAUCGUGCGGUCAGACAUGCCCGGGACACUAUGCAGAGAUACCCCAUCGCUGACGAGGACGAGGACGUGAUGGGGUUCGCAACGGGCUGGCUGCCACCAAGACUUCCUUCUCUGGUCCCGGUGAUCUGCAGCAAGGUCACUCAGGCCGAGCUGCAGCAAGAAGUCAUCAGAGACGAGGACGCCAGCGAGUGUCAAAUCUGCAAGCAACCCUUCGACCACCACGACAUUGUUCCAGUCAUAGUCAACGGCUCCUGCGACCACAUGUACUGCCACGCCCGUCUCACAACUUGGGUUCUCAGCAAUGGCGACCAAGCUACCUGUCCAUUCUGCCGAAAGUCCUUCACAACGCCAGAACAGUACGUGGACCUGCUUCACGGCACUGAUGCAGCUGGUCGUUACGUCUACGACGACCGCUUCAACACAUGGGAGAACUUCGAGCGGUCCUGCGCAGACCUGGACACAUCGCGAGCCAGCUUGCUCAUGGCCACCCCAGACUCCAAGAUCACGGUCAACGCCAAGUUGCUCGCUGAGUUCUGGGACUAUCUCGUCGAGCAAGCCCGCGCCGAGUCCGAGACCUCAACUCCAGCACACCACAACCCAGCCAACUUUACCGAGCUGGACGUCGCCACAACUGCCAUCUCUCACGGCCUCUUCCAGAUUGACGGCGCGACUUUGCCACCGAACGCUCUCUGCCAUAUGCUAAUCAAGGACAUCGAUGCUGCCUUCUUCAAGACAUUCGUCCGCUCUGAAAUGGCGAGCAUGGUUGACGGCGUAGUCAUCGCCAUGGCUCUUGAGGAGUGGGCUCGUGCGGACAAUACGAUGGAUCUACGCCCCAACCUCUGGCUGUUCAUCGAGAGGACAUUGAACAGGAUGGUCAACUUCGUGCGCCUUAGGCGCUGCGAGUGUGUUGGGGAGAUUGGGUUGCAUAAACACGGGGCGUGCAGGAUGUACUACAACAGCUGA